AUGGUAGACAUAAAUCUUUAUGAAAAAAAUGAGAAUUACAGCACAAAUUCUUACCGAAUUUCCAUUUCCAAGUCAGCUUAUAAUACUAAUUUCUUAAAAGUUAUAUAUGAAAUCACUUAUUACGAAAAUUUCCCUGUGUUUUGGAGUGCUUCAAGCUUUUAUGUGUACAUUAAAGAAAAAAAAGGAAACAGCAUCUCAUUUACAUAUUAUCCAUAUUUUUUUAAUGAUAUAAUUGAUAACAUUGAAGUUUUUUUCUCAGAAAAUCACCCAAAUAAUCCACUUAUCGUAGGUUUAAAACCUAAAGGAGAAGAAAUAAAAUAUUAUACUUUCAGAUAUUUGAGAUCCAUAGAAAAAUUAAAUAAGUUUCCAGAAAACAUCAAUUUUCAAAUAAAAAACUUAGAAACUGAACUUAUAACAGAAAACAAUAUAAGAAACAAACUGGAAUUUAAAAUUAAUGAGAUAUCAAAAAAUUAUUAUACUAAGUCAGACUCUAAAUUAUUUGCCCCGUUUGUUGAAUAUAACUAUUCUGUUGACAGAGAAGAAUUUUACGGACCAUACACAUUGUCAACAGAUAAAUUAUUAAAUUACAAAGAAAAAAAUUAUAUUGAAAAUUCAUUGCUAAUUUCAGUUAAAAACAAAUCAUUUGAUUUUAUAAAUGUGUAUUACUCUGAUAAUAAUAUAGCAUUAUUGGUUGAAUUUCUUGAUUAUCCUUGUGGAACUGGUUCAUGCAAGAGUUUUUAUUUCAAGAGAUUAAGCAAAAUUGAGAACAAAUGGAAAUUAAUUGAAAAUGAACUUGAAUUAAUAAAUGUUUUAAAUCAAAAAAAGCUAGUAUUAGAGCAAAUAUUUUAUCUUAUCAAUGAAUCAAUAAAAAUUUAUAUUAAUAAAAACACACCUAAUACAGGCUACAGUGCCAAAAUAAUUAACAAUUCAAGUGAUAUAAACAGUCAAAUAUUUAAAGAGGUGGAACAUAACAUAACUAUAAGAGAAGAUACAAGAUUAUCUGCUUCUAAAUACACUUGUUUUUAUCACGAUUUAUCAGAGAUUACUAGUAGAGACGAAAAUGAUGUGUACGACGUUUCUGGGCUGAGAUUAUUUGUUAACUGUUAUUUUGCCAAAAAUGAAAAUAGUGUCGUUAAUGACUUUGAAAUAAAAUUAUAUAAUAACAAAGGAACUGACCAAAAAAUCAUUUAUUAUAACCCUAAUUUGGAUACACAUGGGCAUGAGCAUUACGUUUACGUAUAUUUUUAUGAUAAUGACAAUGUACCGUUGCUACUGUACCAGGGUGAACAUUGGUACAAACCCAAAUCUAAAAUUGAAUAUUUCGACAAAUGGAUUGAGGAAGCGGAAUUAAAAGACUCUAAACCUAAAAAAAUCAAUCAAUUUCUCUCUGAUAAUAAGGUACUUAUAGAGCUUAAAAAAAUCAAUAGGGAAUUGAAUGAAAUAAUUUUGGAUUAUAGUACUAGUUACGGGUUAAAUUUAAAUAAAAAACAAAUUCUUUCAGGGUUUGAAACCAUCAGAAUUAUUGCAAUAAAAAACGAACAGCGUGUAAGAUAUGGAAAAAUAACUCAUUCAACUAAAAACAAGGGUGAUUUAGGGGAAAUAAAGAAAAAAGGUUUGAUCUUAGAGGAAAAUGAAAAAGGCAAAUCACUAUCUGAUAUUAUAUCUAGGCAAAUAAAAACCAUCUUUAACAAUCUUGUAUGUUACUAUCAUAUUUCAGAUCUGAAUUACGAAUUGCCUUUAUUACUUUGCAUAGGAAGUUUGGAUUCAGAUAAUGAGACUUCGUCAAUUUUUUACGAGCGUGUUGAUAUUACUGAAAGAUCAAAAUGGAAAAAAAUUGAUGAAAUAAAACCUUUUCAAGAAGAUCAAGUAUUGACCAAUAAAAUUAAUGAUAUUUAUUACAAUUUUAGCAAGUCUGUGAUAAUAGAAAUAGAGAAACAAGGUAUUAUCGGAUACGAUUUUAAACUUGUUGACAACCUAAAUUCAGGUUCUCCAAGUUCAAGUGGAAUCGAUUCUAAAAUAUCUGUUACUGAAAAACAUAACUUAUUAAGUAAUUCAGAUUAUACUUGUUUUGAGCAUUCUAUACCCCUAAUGCAACUUAGUAUUGAUAAGUUUCACAUAGGUGGGUUAAAGUUUUAUAUUUCAUCAAGAAAGAUAUUGACAUCUUUAGAUGAUAACUUUUCCAAGUCUCCAAUAUAUUAUAAACAAGGGAAAAAUAAAGUUUGCGUCUACUUCUAUCAUUGUGAUAGUGUUCCUUUAUUGGUGAGUUACAAUAAUCAGUACUACAAACCUAAAAGUAAGAACGAAUAUCUUGCCAAAUGGGUCAAAAUGCCAAAUAUUGAGGAUCCUAGCAAGCAACUUUUAACACAACUAGACAGUAUUAACGCCGAGCUCAAUGAGGUCAAUAUAAUGAAAAUAACAAAUGGAAGUAGUUAUGGUAUUUCCGGUGAAAAAUCUGGAGACUUUUCACCUGCAAGGAUCAAUGUUAAAGCUUGUAAAAAUAACUUUUUCAGAAAAGUCACACAUACAACUGUAAAUAAAUUUGGUGUGGGCAAAAUAUUGUAUAAUGGCGCCCAAAUACAAAGUAUUGAAAAGCGUAACUCUUUCAAUGAAGUUUCUGUGUAUUAUCUCAAUACAGAUAUUAAAUACACGAAACCGUUAUUAAUUUCUCUGGGAUCAGUAGGUUCAUUUAAUUUUGAACGUAAAUGGUAUUCGAUAACCGGUACAGAAGAAAAUAUUUGGUCAAGUAACACAAAUACACAUAAUACUUUUCUAAAUAUCAAGAAGAAAUUGAUUGUCUUACACUCAAAAUAUCUAAUUCCACUAAAUGUUAUAUUAGAAAAUCAAAGUCAUUAUAAUAACACCUUUACAACUCCAGAUGACACACAUACUGGCGUGAUAAAUAUUGAUCGACUUGGUACUAAUCAUAAUUUCACCGUCCCAAAUUAUCGUUGUUUAAGUCACCAGCUACAUAAGUACUAUGAAGAAAACGAAGCUAGUAUUAAAUAUGAGUGGAGUCUUGGCCAGUCUCAGUUGAAUUUUGAACUUAGACUAAGUUUGUUUGAAAGCAAAUUAACACUAAUCGAUCACCAAAAAAGAUUAAUUCCCCCUUUAAAAUACACACAAACUGAUUGUAGAGAUAAAAAUACUAUUACUGUUUACUUUUAUGAACCUGAGGGACCUGGUUCCUCUAUCGUUGACAGAGUACCUCUUAUGUUUAAAUUGAAAGAUCGGUUUUUUGUUCCCAUAAGUAAAGAAACUUAUUUUCAUCAAUGGCAAGAGGCUGAUGUUCAGAUAUCCGAUAGUUCCUUUAAGGCCACGUUGGAUACUGUAAACUCAAUGCUAAAUGAAAUUGAUUUAUCAAAGAUUAAUAACUACGGAUUAUCACUUUGUGCAAAAUACUCGUUUUUUAAAAAAGGUGAACUCAGUACGAAACGCAUUAAUGUUAGCUUAUUUUCCAAUUCGAAACACCUAAUCCGUGUACACGACACUUUUAACAAGUUUAAAAUAUCCAAAAUUAAGCCCAUUCCCAAGUGCUCAUUUGGCGAGAUUUCAUCACAUCUUAAAAAUAAAAACAUCGUUCAAGUGGCAGUGAUUUUCAAAAUGGGCUAUAUUCGAAACCCAGAGCUGAUACUAAUAAAUGAACAUUUCAGCAAUGAUAACUGCCUUACAUGUUGCUACUACUACAGGUUUGAACAGAGACCAAAACCUUUUGAAUACAAGUUCCAGGAUGUUCCGAACGGUCUAAGCCUUAUCGAUAAACUAACCAAAGUAGAAAACUACCAAUGGAACAAUGUUGAGCACUUGACACCUAUAAUUGAACUGCUCAAAGAAAUAAGUAGAAACAAACUGGAACAAAAAAUUCACAAUCCUGAUUAUGAUAGCACUGAUUGUAGAAACCCCUCUCAUCCAGUACCAAAUGAUGAUCAGUGCGAGGAACUUGCUUUCGAUGAAUCUAUAGAAAACCCAGAUCCAAAGGCCAAAGAUCUUGACCCUCUUCAACCUCCUGGAACCGGCAGCAGUGAUCCCUCUCAUCCCGUUUUAACAUGGCGUGCUGUCGUUGAUUACAUUAAAGAGCAUCCCGAGAUCGUCUAUGGCCCUGGAUCUGGUGUGACUGUGGCUGGCAGCGCCUACUCUCUCUACAAACUAAUUCUGGUUUUUAAGAAUAAGUAA